UAAAUCUUUAACAUCGUGGGCACAGAAGUUGAAACAAAACCAACCAAAAAGAACAAAUGCCGAAGAAGUAUGUGCCAACUCUAUGCAAGAAAAUGAGCAAGCAAAGAAAUUGCCACUUGAGAAUACAAACCUUACUGAUGCUGCUUUGCCACCCUACACUUUUUACCUCAAUCAAGCAAAUGAAAGUCCAAAUUCUUUAGUGUCUGAAGCUUCAGGGCUUUCGUACUGGAAAUUAGACGAGAAGCAGAUGUAUCAUUCUUUACCAGAGAAUUUCAGAAGUGAGUUUGCUGAUAUUUUCUCCACAAAAGUAUCACCAGAUCAGGUGUCUUCUGCUGAUGAAACCAAGCUAUCAUCCUUGAAGGAUAUUUAUCAUAAACGACAAAGGGAGAACAAGCAGCUGCCAGACCAGAAUUUUAUGCCUUCUUCCCAGUCAAGUCACCCACCAGAGAUCUUGACGUUGGACCCAACCCUGCAUAUGAAGCCAAGUCAGCAGAACCCAGGACACUGUUUUUUCAAUAUUCCUCAAGAGCCUGCUCCUUUCUCUCCAGACUCUAUGGCAGAGCCCGGAUUUUCAAGUCAUUGUGACACAGACUCUUGUUCACAGACAAGUAAUUCAUCUCCGUUAGAUGAUUCUCCAAAAUACCCUGCCAGCAGCAGAGCUGUGCAUUUGGACCUCUGGAGAAAUCAUCCAUUCCAAAAUGCAAACCAGAGCAGCUGUCCCUUCCCAAUGGCAUAUCCGGACACUAAUAAUGACGCUGUAGUCAGCACCGAGGAGGAAGAAACACUCACUCUAACUCCAUCCUCCGUUACUCAGUGUGCUGACAACAGUGUGCCAGAUCAUAGUCUGUCAGUGACAUCUGUUGAAGAUCCUGUGGUAAUGUCACAGAUUAGGCAGAACUUGAGGGAAAAGCAUGCUCGACACAUUGCUGAUCUACGAGCUUACUAUGACUCUGAGAUACACAGCUUAAAACAGCAGCUGGAGGCAAGCCAUAAAACUGCUUCAUCUGAAGAUCUGAAGAAAAUCAAUCAGAAUCUUGCUGACAGGUGCGACCAUUUAGACGCGGCUCUGACUGAAGCAAGUGCUCGCAUAAAAGCCCUUGAAAAUAAGAAUGCUAUGCUAGAAAAGCAAGUGGCAGACUGGCGCGAGCGCUUCUACGCUGUCAGUAAUGCUUCCAAAGUGCUGCAAGAGCGUCUUGAAGAAAUGCGCACAACUAACAAAGAGAAGGACAACACCAUCAGUCGACUAAAAUCGAGGCUUAAAGAUCUAGAGGAAGCGUUUGAAAAGGCUUACAAGUUAUCUGAUAAUAAAAACACAAGGCUAAAGGAAGAAAAUAAAAUGUUUCAGAAUCUUUUAGGAGAAUAUGAGUCCCUUGGAAAAGAACAUGAAAGGGUAAAGGAUACAUUAAAUACAACUGAAAACAAAUUGCUUGAUGCAAACGCGCAGAUUUCUGAUUUGAAAAGGACAAUUGCCAAACUUGAAGCUCAGCUCAAGCAGGUAGAACAUGAAAAUAUGUUGAAACUUCGCCAUAUUACUGAAAGUCGCUUAAGAACUUCUUGUGCCAGCAAGUUGGCAACUCCUGAUGUCAGUAGGCGAAAGUGGUUGAUACCAGGAGCAGAAUAUUCCAUUUUCACUGGCCAGCCUUUGGAAGGGCAGGAAAGCCCCAAGGAUAACAGAUUAGAGGAAACCUGUGUUCCUUCUAGGCACCAUUCUCCUCCUGAAAAAGACUCCUCGCAAGAAGACUCUUCAACAAACACAACAGAAAAGAAGGAAAAUGAGAUGUCAGAAGCACCAAUUAUAAAAGCCUUUAAAGAACUUGAAGAAGGAAAAGCAUUUAAAGAUUGGGGUACACAAACAGAAAAAGAUGACACAUCAACUAAAACAUCAAAUCGACGUCAGACUGUUGGGUUUGUUGAAACUUCUUUAGUUGCCAACCGGUCCCCAGAGAAAGGUAAAGACCAGCACAGGCCAAAACGGUACAGCUCCCCUUCUGGCCAGAGGUCGUCGUCCCUUCCUCCCUCAAACAGGAAACCAAACACUCCAACAAGAAGAGAGAUAAUGUUGGCGCCGGUGUCUGUGACGUACAGCCCCAAACGGUCUCCAAAAGAAAACCUCUCCCCUGGAUUUAGCCAUUUGCUUAGCAAAAACGAAAACACAGUGACAAGGUUUGAUAUACUUCUAGAUGACCUGGAAACUGGUCCUGCGUCUGUUUCACAGCACAGUAACCCAAGAAAAAGGCUGCAGUUUCUCUCGCUGGAUGAUGCAGAAGGAAGGCAGCAUUCGGGUGUCAGACACAGCUCCUGUGGCGAAUCCGUCAAUACUGGAAUGAAGAAAGCAGCAGCUUGGGACGAGAGGAGCGCAGCACCGAAAUACGAGCCAGCGCUGUUGCCGUGUGAGGGAGACUUCAAGUACGCAGCAAGGAUCACGACUCUGGCUGAAACAGAGAGGCUUUUUGAUGAGCUGACUCAGGAAAAGCAACAGAUUGAGGCUGCGUUGAGUCGAAUACCUUGUUCUGGUGGAAGGAUGACCUUGCAAGCGAGAUUAAAUCAGGAAGCCCUGGAAGAUCGCUUGGAAAGGAUUAAUAGAGAUUUGGGGUCAAUACGCAUGACUCUGAAAAGAUUUCAUGUUUUACGUACCUCUGCAAAUCUUUGACAAUUCUCUCUUGAAUGCAAAUACGCUUUUUUUUUCCUGCAUUAAUAUGUAAUAUGCACUCAGUGAAUGCAAAUUGGUUUGUAUUUUUGUAAACCCUCAGUAGGAGUUUUACAACGAUGUUACCCUUUACAAACAGCAAUAUUUUGUACUUCAAACAGCCACCUAUAUUUUAAACAUAUUUUUGUUACACUUGAGAAAUCGAUGUUUAUCCUGUAAUAUUUCUAAAAAUAUUACUUAUUUUUAAAUAGUGAUAUUCAAUUUAUAAUAAGAA